CUUGAAACGGUUCUUAAACAGCAGCUGCCCUCGAGGUGAUCAGCUGAGUGUUUCACGAGCCGCUUUCCGCAAUAAAACAAAAGUUAAACAAAACAGCAACAACAAAAAUAAGCAACAAUCAAAAGACUGAAACCAAAUACAAAUCAGAUCAGUAACAACAACAAAACACAUUCCAAAUUGUGAUACUAAUUAGUUCAAAUUGUCUCUCCGUGCGAGUGUGAUAAAUUCAUUGUAAUAACAAUAAGCUAAAUAAAACAAAACAUAAAAUGCAGGACUAUUGGCAUAUACCACGCGCCUCGCUGGCCUCCUCAAAUAGCUCGGCCAUCAGUUCGGCCAGCUCAUCGAAAUCAUCGAACAAAUCAAAUUCAAAUCCCCCAACAUUGGCCCAACGUGGUGGCAGUGGUGCAAUGUCCACAUCGACCCACACAAAUGCCACAAGUGCAGCUGUGACAGCAGCAGCAGCCGCUGCUGUACUUGCAGCAGCCAAACGUGGUUCACGCUCUUCCCAAGGAUCCAGUGAUAGCAAUAAUAGCACACGGAGCGCUGCUUCCGGAUCUUUGCUUUUGACGGCAGCGAAUUUGGAACGCUUUGCCGAGAUUCAUAAGAAACAGGAAAGGCAGCACAAAAUGCUAAUGAAUAAUGAGCAACAGCGAUCCUCCGGUGGCUCAUCGUCAUCGGCCAAUUAUAAUGCCAAUUUGACAUUAGCCGCUAAUAAGGAUGCAGUUAUACCGAUCGAAGGACACGAUGAUCCCAACUUGCAUUAUGUUAAAACCAAAGACCUUGACACUGUGUCCAUAGCCAGUUCCAUGCACUUCACCAUGGUCAAUGGCGAGAAUGGUGGAGCCACCAAAAAGCAAAAACGUGGUCUCUGCGAUCGUGGCCGGCAGGUAACAGUGUUGAUUGUUAGCAUGAGCACAAUCUUCUUGCUGCUCAUCAUGGGAAUGGUGUAUGCCCUAGAAAUGCGAGCUCGUGACAUGCCGAAAAGUUAACGGGCCACUUUUGUUUGGGCGAUUUUUGCCAACUUGAUUUAGCCAACUUUUAGUUUAUUAUUUAUUAAAUUUCAAUUUUUUUUUCUUGUGCGCUAU